AUGCCCCGAGCGUCUAAAAUAUGGAACGAGGAGAUCCAAAAGCGCAUCACAGUCACGUCGAAGGUGAUUAGUUGCAUUAAAGAGACAAAGAUGCUUGGGAUGGUAGACUUCUUGCAACGGGCAAUCCAAGAUCUUAGGAUCUCGGAGUUGAGGAGAGCGAAGCAGUAUCGUAUGCUUGUCACAUACAUGAACUUGCUAGGCAAUGCUCCUCAAAUGGUUGGUCCGGUCAUCACUUUUGGAAUCGCGAUUCUCGCACAAAGAGUCAACGUAGGGCUGUCGCUUUCCAUUGCUACAGUCUUUACAUCACUUUCGAUUAUUGACCUGGUCGCUGAACCUCUCGCUCAACUUAUAUCCUCGGUUCCAAGGCUUGUAGCAUCUCUGGGAAGCUUUGAGAGGAUUCAAGCCUUCCUCAAAGAGGGUACAACAACAUCAGCGGCGGAUCACAGCGGCUCUUCAACCGAUGAACAUGUUGAACACAGAACAGUCCCUCAUAGCGAGGGUAUCGAGAUGCAAGCUGCUCCGUUGCAAGCUUCAGCUCCUCACGGAGAUGUUGCGGUAGUUCAAAACGGCACUUUUGCAUUGGAGCCUGGACUUGAACCAAUUCUUCAUGAUAUCACUAUACGCAUCAGAGCUUCGACAAUUACUGUCAUCACAGGAAGAGUAGGUUCGGGGAAGACAACGCUACUCCGAGGUCUUCUGGGAGAGCUGCCUUCCACAGGGCUCGUAAAGGGCUUCCAAGGAGCUGUGGCUUACUGUUCGCAAACAACCUGGCUCACCACCUCAACCGUCAAGGAUAACAUUCUAGGUCAGACAAAUUUGGACGAUGAUUGGUAUAGAGCUGUUGUGCAUUCGUGCGCUUUGGUGCAAGACUUUGCACAACUUCCUCAUGGCGACGAAACAGUGGUUGGAAGCAAGGGGCAAUCACUUAGUGGAGGCCAAAAACAGCGUGUUGCUUUGGCACGAGCAGUCUAUUCAAGGCUGCCGGUGCUCGUGCUUGAUGAUACACUCAGCGGAUUGGACGCCCCCACACAGUAUCAUGUAUGGAAUUGUCUUUUCAGUUCUACGGGACUUGUUCGCCAAUACCAAGCGUCAGUUAUAUUGACCACACAUUCGUUGAACUGUCUGAGUCAUGCGGACAAUGUUAUUAUCUUGGGUGAUAAUGGCAGAAUCGCGCAUCAAGGCAAUUUUGACGCCGUCAAGAAUACUGCAUAUCUUGAAAACCUCUCUCUUGUAGACAUCCAGCGCGACGAUUCAACCCCUUUUGAAAAUGAUGUCUCAACGGAGGCGUCGAAACAGAUUAAGUCACCAGGAAAGGAUACAGAAGUCGACCUAGAGCAAGAUCUCUUACGGAAAACAGGCGACACUACACUUUACUGGUAUUAUCUGAAGUCAAUUGGCUGGUUAUAUGGAUCGGCCGGCGCAAUCUUCCUAGUUUUGGACUGUUUCGUCCGGAUCUUCCCCCAAAUAUGGCUUAAGUUUUGGACUGAAGAUAACAAGAAGUCCGGUUCAGCAGAUACAACUAUGUAUUUUGGAGUGUACAGCGCGAUAUCUCUGAUGGGAUUGGUUGUAAUAGGCAUUAACGUUUGGUCUGUCAAGACACGAUCCGGUCAGUCGAUAGAUCAUGUUCGUCGUGAUAGUGUCGAAAUCUUCUCAGAGCAUGCACUGGACGCUACUGAAGUCAGUUAUGAGGUGAGUGUUCAGGUCAAACAAGGUACUGACACACAGAAGGCAAUUUUCUUAUUGGUUUACAGAGCACCGUUAUCUUUCUUUGGCUGUACAGACGCCGGUGACUUGAUGAACAGAUUCAGCCAGGAUCUGUCGCACAUCGACCGAGAUCUCCCUACUGCGCUAUUCAUGACCUCAUUGGCCGUUCUGGACUGUCUUGCAGAGGGAAUCCUCAUCAUGAUUGGUGCCAAAUACCUAGCGGCUGCCAUUCCGUUUGCCCUGAUCGCGCUGUAUUGCCUCCAAGCUUUCUACUUGAAGACAUCUCGCCAAAUGCGAUUCCUUGAUCUCCAAGCAUCCGCACCUCUUCUCACCAAGUUGAUUGAGUCUAUCGACGGUCUCUCGACUAUCAGAGCUUUUGGCUGGCAGGAGGCCUUCAGAACCGCUUCAGUCGACCUGCUAGACCAAUCACAGCGCCCUUAUUAUUUACUGUUUUGUAUACAGCGCUGGCUAACGUUGGUUCUUGACCUCUUUGUCGGUGCCAUUGCUGUCUUACUCGUCUCAAUGGCCAUAAUGAUUCCAGAUGCAACUAGCACUGGCGCCAUAGCAGUUGCGCUUUACAACGUCCUCAACUUCAAUCGCUCUCUGGCCCGUCUGAUAACUUCCUGGACGGAACUUGAAACGUCUUUAGGGGCAAUCUUUCGAAUCAGAACUUUUGAAUCCCGGACACCAGUUGAACCAUCACCCACUGAGGAAGACUCAGUCCAACCUCCACUUCACUGGCCUGCGCAUGGCCAACUCGAAAUCAGACACAUCACCGCCUCAUACUCUACCGGUUCAAAGCCAGUGCUCAAGGAUAUCGUCCUUUCAAUCAGCGCAGGAGAUAAAAUUGCAAUUUGUGGACGGACAGGGAGUGGCAAGUCGUCUCUUACUCUUGCUCUUUUCAAGCUCCUGCACCUAGAUUCCGGCUCGAUUGUGAUCGACGGCAUUGAUAUCAAUCAAGUACCACAUAACAUUCUUCGCCAACGCCUUAUCGCUAUUCCCCAAGAGCCACUUCUCUUGCCUGGUACUCUGCGCACGAACCUCUUCCCCUACGACGACGUCUUGAGCUCCGAAGACAUACCGUCAGAUGAUAGCCUUGUCGAUGCACUCAACAAAGUGUCCCUUUGGUCAACCAUCUCUUUGCAUGGGGGCCUUAGCACUGAUAUCUCGAACUUGCCAUUGUCAAAAGGACAAAUGCAACUUCUGUGUCUUGCACGGGCUAUUGUCAGGAAGAAUUCUAGUAGGAUACUGGUCCUAGAUGAAGCUACCAGCGCUGUCGAUCAAGAGACUGAGGAGGUGAUGAUCAAAAUCAUCGAGUCUGAAUUCGCCACUCAUACAGUUAUCUCUGUGGUUCAUCGCCCGCAGUUCCUCCGCGGCAUUGAAAAGGUGGUGACUAUGCAAGAGGGCAGGAUUACAGAUAUAAGUUCUUGA